GCUGAAAGUGGGCAGAAUUUUCUCCAGGACCGAGUGGCAGAAGUAUCGACAGACGACAGCCGUUAUCCGCUCCUCUAUACAGGUGGAGAGAGAGACAGAGAGCGAGAGAAUUGGACCGGGCAUUCGAACCUGAACGGUAUUAGCUGAUUAGAAAUUUCCUUUCCGGACUGUUCGGCAUCUGCUGAGGUUGUUUGAGGCAACAAACCGUCUCCUACUUGGAACUGAAACCUCUCAUCGUGCCUGAAAAUACUUUUUUUCGGACGCCGGCUCGAGCACUUUUGCCCCUCUGCUUGCGCCCCGUGCUGCUGUUUGGCGCUCUGCCUCGCGGGAGACGACUCGAGCCCCUACGCCGCGUGCGGACCACUGCCCCGGAGCGGAACGCGUGUACGACCCGAGAGCGCAACAUGUCUGGAGCGCGUGGGGCAGAUGCCGUCCACCUCACCUGCUUCUUCCGGACACCAAGCGGGGACCAUGCCGGCGGACAGAUGUGGCGCCUCACGUGGAUUGUAUUUGUUUCCCUGUUUAUUUACGGCACAUCAGCACAAGACGACGUCCCUCCCUACUUCAAGACGGAGCCGGUGCGCUCCCAGCUGCACCUGGAGCGCAACAGGCUGGUGCUCACCUGCAUGGCGGAGGGCAGCUGGCCCCUGGAGUUCAAGUGGAUCCACAACGGCACCGAGCUCACCCGCUUCUCACUGGAAUACAGGUAUCUGAUCCCCUCGCUGGACCACUCCCAUGCUGGCUUCUACCGCUGCAUCGUGAGGAACAGGGUGGGGGCGCUGCUGCAGAGGAGGACUGAGGUGCAGGUGGCCUUCAUGGGGAGCUUCGAGGAGGGCGAGCGCGCCCAGUCCGUCUCCCAGGGCGAGGGGGCGGUGGUCCCGGCGCCACGCAUCCGCAGCUUCCCCCAGCCGCAGGUCACAUGGUACCGCGACGGCCGCAAGAUUCCGCCCAGCAGCCGCAUCGCCAUCACACUGGAGAACACGCUGGUCAUCCUGUCCACCGUGGCGCCCGACGCCGGGCGCUACUACGUCCAGGCGGUCAACGACAAGAACGGCGAGAACAAGACCAGCCAGCCAAUCACCUUGUCUGUGGAGAAUGUGGGUGGUCCAGCAGACCCCAUUGCACCCACCAUCAUCAUCCCUCCCAGGAACACCAGCGUGGUCACCGGGACCUCGGAAGUCACCAUGGAGUGUGUGGCCAACGCCAGGCCGCUCAUCAAACUGGGCAUCUCGUGGCGGAGGAACGGCGUGCUGGUGACCUCAGGCCUGAGCGACUACAACCGGCGUCUGACGGUGCUGAGCCCGGCGGCGAGCGACGCGGGAUUCUACGAGUGCGAGGCCACGCUGCGGAGCAGCAGCGUGCCCUCCGUCAGCUCCGGCGCCUUCCUGCACGUGCUCGAGCCUCCGCAGUUUGUGAAGGAGCCGGAGAGACACAUCACCGCCGAGAUGGAGAAAGUGGUUGACAUCCCGUGCCAAGCUCGAGGAGUGCCGUCUCCAGACAUGGUGUGGUACAAGGACGCGGUGCCCAUCAGCCCGGUGAAGAUGCCCAGGUACCGGGUUCUGGCGGGCGGGAGCCUGCAGGUCAACGGCCUCCUGCCCGACGACACCGGCAUGUUCCAGUGCUUCGCCAGGAACCCGGCCGGAGAGGUCCAGACCAACACCUACCUGGCCGUGACCAGUAUUGCUCCCAACAUUACAACCGGACCCUCUGACAGCACGGUGAUUGAUGGGAUGUCUGUGAUCCUGCACUGCGAGACCUCCGGAGCCCCCAGACCUGCUAUCACCUGGCAGAAAGGCGAGAGGGUCCUGGCCAGUGGUUCGGUGCAGCUGCCCAGGUUCACCCUGCUGGAGUCGGGCAGCCUGCUCAUCUCUCCGUCCCACAUCUCCGACGCCGGCGCCUACACCUGCAUGGCCAGCAACUCCCGGGGCAUCGACGAGGCCGCCGCCGUCCUGGUCGUCUGGGCGCGCACCCGGAUCAGCACGCCCCCCCAGGACCAGAGUGUCAUCAAGGGGACCAAGGCCGUGUUCACCUGCGGGGUCACGCACGACCCCAGCGUCACCGUCAGGCACGUGUGGGAGAAGGACGGCUCCCCGGUCAACGCCCAGUCCAUCCCCCGCAUGAGGCUGGACCCCAGCGGGACCCUGCACAUCUCCCAGACCUGGUCCGGGGACAUCGGCACCUACGCCUGCAGGGUGACCUCGGUGGGGGGCAACGACUCUCGCAACGCCUACCUGCGGGUCAGGCAGCUCCCUCACGCCCCAGAAAACCCGGUGGCGGUGCUGAGCACGGUGGAGAAGAGGGCCAUCAACCUGACCUGGGCCAAGCCCUUUGACGGCAACAGCCCCCUGAUCCGCUACAUCCUGGAGGUGUCGGAGAACAAUGCUCCGUGGGCCAUCCUGCUGGCCAACAUCGAACCCGAGUCCAGUGCGGUGACGGUGAGCGGGCUCAUCCCGGCGCGCUCCUACCAGUUCCGCCUGUGCGCCGUCAACGACGUGGGGAAGGGCCAGUUCAGCAAGGAGACAGACCGUGAGUCCCUUCCAGAGGAGCCCCCGAGUGCCCCGCCCCAGAACGUCAUCGCCAGCGGCCGCACCAACCAGUCCAUCAUGGUCCAGUGGCAGCCGCCCCCGGAGAGCCACCAGAACGGCAUGCUGAAGGGCUACAGCAUCCGGUACCGGCUCACGGGUCUGCCCGGUGACUACCAGAUCAUGAACAUCUCCUCCUCCGACGUGACCAACCUGCUGCUGGAGGAACUCAUCAUCUGGACCAACUACGAGAUCGAGGUGGCGGCCUACAAUGGCGCCGGGCUGGGCACCUUCAGCCACAAGGUCACGGAGUGGACCCUGCAGGGAGUUCCCACCAUCGCCCCCGGCAACGUGCAGGCGGAGGCGGGGAACUCCACCACGAUCCGCUUCACCUGGACGGCGCCCAACCCUCAGUUCAUCAACGGCAUUAACCAGGGCUACAAGUUGCUGGCCUGGGAGCCGGGGCACGAGGAUGUGGUUGCCAUGGUAACUGUGCGACCCAACUUCCAGGACAGCAUCCACGUGGGCUAUGUCUCGGGCCUGAAGAAGUUCACAGACUACUACACAUCAGUGCUGUGCUUCACCACGCCCGGGGACGGCCCCCACAGCAAGCCCCAGCACCUCAGGACACACGAGGACACGCCCGGCGCCGUGGGUCACCUGAGCUUCACCGAGAUCCUGGACACGUCGCUCAAGGUCAGCUGGAGGGAGCCUGGCGAGAAGAACGGCGUGCUCACUGGCUACCGGAUCUCCUGGGAGGAGUUUAACCGCACCAACACCAGGGUGACCCACUACCUGCCCAACGUGACCCUGGACUACCGGGUCACCGGCCUGACGGCGCUCACCACCUACACCAUCGAGGUGGCGGGCAUGACCUCCAAGGGCCAGGGGCAGCUGUCCUCCUCCACCAUCUCCUCCGGGGUCCCUCCAGAGCUGCCCGGCCCCCCCUCCAACAUGGCCAUCUCCAACAUUGGCCCACGCUCCGUCACGCUGCAGUUCAAACCAGGCUACGACGGCAAGACUUCCAUCUCCCGCUGGCAGGUGGAGGCCCAGGUGGGCGUCACAGGGGAGACGGAGGACUGGGUGCUGGUCCACCAGCGCUACAACGAACCCGAGGCCCGCUCCCUGGAGGUGCCGGGACUCAACCCCUACACCUUCUACAGGUUCCGCAUGCGUCAGCUGAACAUUGUGGGCUCCAGCCCCCCCAGCCAGCCCUCGAGGAAGAUCCAGACCCUACAGGCCUCGCCGGACAUGGCCCCCGCCAACGUCACCCUGCGCACGGCCAGCGAGACCAGCCUGUGGCUCCGCUGGGUGCCUCUGCCAGAGUGGGAGUACAACGGGAACGCCGACCUGGUGGGCUACCGGGUGCAGUACUCCCGCACGGGCUCCCAGGGGCGCUCCCUCACACAUGUCAUCGCCGACCGGCAGGAGCGGGAGUUCACCAUCGAGGACCUGGACGAGUGGACCGAGUACCAGGUCCUGGUGCAGGCCAUCAACGGCAUGGGCACGGGACCCUGGAGCCAGCCCGUCACGGGCCGGACCAGAGAGUCGGUCCCCUCCUGUGGACCCACCAACGUCUCGGCCUUUGCAACCACCUCCAGCAGUAUUCUGGUGCGCUGGUUUGAGGUCCCUGACCCGGACAGGAAUGGACUGAUCCUUGGUUAUAAGGUGCUGUAUAAGGAGAAGGACUCGGACAGCUCGGCCCAGUUCUGGACGGUGGAGGGCAACGCCAGCCACAGCGUGCAGUUGACCCACCUGGGGAAGUACGUCCUGUACGAGAUCCAGGUGCUGGCCUUCACCCGCAUCGGGGACGGCCGGGCCAGCACGCCCUUCAUCCUGGAGCGGACCCUGGACGAUGUUCCCGGACCCCCUGUGGGCAUCCUGUUCCCGGAGGUGCGGACCACGUCGGUGCGUCUCAUCUGGCAGUCUCCGUCCCAGCCCAACGGCAUCGUGCUGGCCUAUCAGAUCACGUACCGCCUCAACUCGUCCAACAGCAACACGGCGACGGUGGACGUGCUGAACCCCAGCGCCCGGCAGUACAUGGUGACGGCCCUGAAGGCUGAGAUGGUCUACGUGUUCCGCAUCACCGCCCAGACCCGCAAGGGCUGGGGGGAGUCGGCCGAGGCCCUGGUGGUCACCACGGAGAAGAGGGCCCGGCCCCAGCCCACCAGCCGUCCCACGGUGCCCCAGCAGGAGGUGCGUGCCCGCCGGGUCCUGUUGUCCUGGGAGCCGGGCAGCGACGGCCUGUCCCCGGUGCGCUACUACACGGUGCAGCUGAGGGAGCUGCCCCACACCAACUGGACCGUCCACUCGGCCUCCGUCAGCCACGAGGCCAGCUCCUACGUGGUGGACCGGCUGAAGCCCUUCACUUCCUACCAGUUCAAGGUGAAGGCCACCAAUGACAUCGGAGACAGUGAAUACAGCGAGCAGAGCGAGGCCAUCACCACUCUACAAGACGCUCCCGACGAAGCGCCGGCGAUCCUGUCCGUCACGCCACACACGACGACCUCCGUGCUGAUUCGCUGGCAGCCUCCGGUGGAGGAGAAGAUCAACGGCAUCCUGCUGGGCUUCCGGAUCCGCUUCCGGGAGCUCCUGUACGACCGGCUGCGGAGCUACUCCCUCCGCACCAUCACCAGCCCCUCCACCACCUGGACCGAGCUGACGGCCCCGUACAGCAUCCGGAACCUGAGUGACCCUGGCCUCACGCAGUACGAGCUGGACAACCUGAGUAAACACAAGCGCUACGAGAUCCGGGUCAGUGUGUUCAACGCCGUGGGCGAGGGUCCCGCCAGCGCCCCGCAGGAGGUGUUUGUGGGAGAAGCCGUUCCCACGGCCCCGCCCCAGAACCUGGCCAUCCAGGCGGCCACGGCGACCCAGCUGGACGUGGCCUGGGAGCCCCCUCCCGUGGACGCGCAGAACGGGGACAUCCAGGGCUACAAGGUCUACUUCUGGGAGUUCCAGCGCAAGAACGACACCGAGCGGCUCCGCACCCUCUUCAUGCCGGAGGGCGGGGUGAAGCUGAAGAACCUGACGGGCUACACCACCUACAUGAUCAGCGUGGCCCCCUUCAACGCCGCCGGCGACGGGCCCCGGAGCCCCCCCACCAGGGGGCGCACGCAGCAAGCCGCGCCCUCGGCUCCGGGCUUCAUCCACUUCAGUGAGCUCACCACCACCUCGGUCAACGUGUCCUGGGGGGAACCCACUCACCACAACGGCAUCCUGGAAGGCUACCGUCUGGUGUACGAGCCCUGUAGCCCCGUAGACGAGUCCUCAGUGGCCUGUGCCGACUGUCUCCACUCCCCCUCCCCCCCAGGGGUCAGUAAGACCGUGACGGUGGACGUGAAGGGCGGCGGGCCCCUGUGGCUCAAGCUCAAGGACCUGGCGGACGGGGUCACCUACACCUUCCGCAUCCGGGCCAAGACCUUCAUGUACGGCCCCGAGUUGGAGGCCAACAUCACCACCGGCCCCGGAGAAGGGGCCCCAGGACCCCCCGGGGAGCCCUUCAUCUCCCGCUACGGCUCGGCCCUCACCAUACACUGGUCCAGUGGGGACCCGGGCCGCGCCCCCAUCUCCCGCUACGUCAUCGAGGCCAGACCCUCAGACGAGGGCUUUUGGGAUAUUCUGAUCAAGGACAUCCCCAAGGAAGUGACAUCACACACCUUUAACAUGGACAUCCUCAAGCAGGGGGUCAGCUACGACUUCCGGGUCAUCGGGGUCAACGACUAUGGCUAUGGCUCUCCUAGCUUGCCCUCUCCGUCCAUAUCUGCCCAGAAGGUGGCGCCCUUCUACGAGGAGUGGUGGUUCUUGGUAGUUGUGGCCCUCGUCGGCCUCAUCUUCAUCCUGCUCCUGGUUUUCAUCCUCAUCAUCAGAGGGCAGAGCAAGAAGUACGCCAAGAAGUCCGAGUCAGGCAACUCAAACUGCAACGCCCUCACCCAUGGCGACAUGGUCAGUCUGGACGAGGGCCGUUUCCCAGCGCUGGAGCUGAACAACAGGAGGCUGUCCGUCAAGAACUCCUUCUGCCGGAAGAACGGCGUCUACACAAGGUCCCCCCCGAGGCCCAGCCCCGGCAGCCUGCACUACUCGGACGAGGACGUCAGCACCAAGUACAACGACCUCAUCCCCGCCGAGAGCAGCAGCCUCACCGAGAAGCCCUCCGAGAUCUCGGACUCGCAGGAGGCGUUGGUGUUCUCGUAUGGGACAGGGGGCCUGCGCACGCUUCCACUGCAUCUGGGCAGCGACAGUGAGUACGAGGUGGACCCCAACCGCCAGAAGACCCACUCCUUCGUCAACCACUACAUCAGCGACCCCACCUACUACAACUCGUGGCGGCGCCAGCAGAAGGGCAUCUCCCGCGCCCAGGCCUACAGCUACACCGAGUCGGAGUCGGGCGACCCCGACCACUGCGCCCCGCCCCCACUGCCGCCCCUCCCCCCUCUGCCCCCCCAGCUCAGCUCCCCCAGCCCCCAGCCCCAGGGCCCGCCCCAGCCCCAGGGCCAGAGCCAGGGCCAGCCCCAAGGCACCCCCCAGGGCCAGGGCAGCCUGUUCAGGCCCAAAGGGAGCCGGACUCCCACCCCCUCCCAGCAGUGCUCCAACCCGCCCAGCCAGCAGAGCACCCUGUACCGGCCCCCCAGCAGCCUGGCCCCCGGCUCUCGGGCCCCCAUCGCCGGCUUCUCCUCCUUUGUGUGAUGAUGAUGAUGACGAUGAAGAUGAUGGUUAUGAUGUCGAUAGAGACUAAAGGGUUGAAAGUAUAGAUUAAAGUAUUCCUGGAGUGAUCCAGGCGAAUGGUAUUGGAGGAGAACGUCAUAUGACAGGCAUUUAAUCAAACCAAUCAAACGUCAGUUAGUUUUGUGUUUUAAAGAUGUUUUGUUCCACGGUUGCUUUCUUUUUUUUACUAUCGGUUAUGUUCAGUUUUCUUCUUCCAUUAUUUUUGUUUGAAAUGUGUUUUUUUUUUUAAGACAUUCAAGAUAAAAGUACAUAA